ACCACCACCACCACCACCACCACCACCACCACCAAGAAGAAGAGGAAGCCAAAGGAAGACGAGGAAGAUGUAGAGGAGACACCGCUGUAUAUCAACACGAUAAACCCUCUGGAGUUGCACCUGCACCCUGUCGACGCUCCCCGCCCUCCCGUUCCUUCUCUAUCUUAUGGGUUGGAUCGAGUUUUGUUUAACCCCGGCGUCUAUACCGUCCAAGACCCUCGAUCUCGCGUCUACAACUUCGACCCGUACUUGUCGGAGAUAAUGCCGAUCCAGGAGUUCGAUUUCAACGCGUUGCAGCGUUAUGUGACCUCCUCCAAGGACAAUAACUUGAUUCGGAUUGCCAAAGAACAGGGCAAAAAAUACACAGGCUCGACCUCUAGUAUGACGUCCAUGCUUUCUCACUUCCACUACCUCUUGUCGUCCUGGCGCGAGAUAAAUACCACUAUGUUGUCUAGAAGUCUGGUCCCCGACUCUGUCCAGUUCACGAGGAUCAUGAGAGGCCCCGCAGCUAUCUUCCUGCACUGGAAAGAUGGCACCUACGCUAUCGAUGCAGACAAGGAAUUCGACACGGCAAAUAUUCUGAGUAUGCUGGGCAAAUCUAUGGAGAAGCUCCUGACGCUUUCUAGGGAAGGUUACGAAAGAUACAGGCACGUCAAUUCGGAUCAAAUUACCGAGGAAGAGCGCAAUGCCGAUGAGGCGUUCCAUUACACCGGCUUCCGCGACUUCAUGAUGCGCUCGCAGUUGGAUGCGUACGAUCCGAGGGUGCCGGGGACGGGUAUGUUCGAUCUUAAGACACGCGCUGUCGUAUCCAUCCGCAUGGAUGCCAAAGGCUUCCACAAAGGACUCGGAUACGAGAUUCGCAGCCGAUUCGGUCAGUGGGCAUCGUUCGAGCGGGAAUACUACGAUAUGAUUCGCUCCGCAUUCUUGAAAUAUUCCCUUCAAGUUCGUAUGGGCCGUAUGGAUGGUAUAUUCGUCGCAUUCCACAAUACUCAGCGCAUCUUCGGCUUCCAAUACAUCCCACUAGUCGAGAUGGACCUUGCGUUGCAUGGAACCUGCCACCGGAUGACUGGAGAUCAGGAGUAUAAGAUCAGUCUCGCCCUACUAAAUGACGUUCUGGACCGGGCAACCAAAAAGUUCCCAGAACAAUCCUUGAGGUUGCAUUUCGAGACAAGGACUUCUGUUUCUGCACCGUUCAUGUACGUAUUUGCCAAGCCCGUGUCCCAAGAGGAUAUCGAUGAGGUCCAGAAUGCCACCAAGGCAUCCAUCGAAGCGUUUGAGAGGGACAUACUAGGCCUGGCGGAGGCAGACGCCGAGGCAGAGGCAGAAUCGAUCGCCUCCUCGGCCAAAGAAUUGGCCGAGGAGGAAGAAUCGGCCGAGGCAGAAGAAAGAAUGGAGCAAGCUUGCGAGGUCCAGGCUCAAGCUUGCGAGAUCCAGGAUCAGGAUACGACGAGCCUCUCUGCGUGGGAAGAGGUGCUUCAGAUGGUCGAGGACGCCGUGGACGACGACGAAAUAGGCGUAGGGGCAGUGCGAGAAGCCAUCGAAGAUGCGCUAGAACAGAGCGGGUUGCUCCACGCUACAUCCUCUACGGACGCUCGAGGGCACGUCGAUGCUUUGCUUAAUGCCAUUGUCACCGGUAGCAAACCUCCCCGGCCGAUAGAAUCUUCGUCAAGCUCGCCCGAGGAUCAUACGCAGCAGGUUGAGGAGCCAACCGAGGAACCGACGGAGUCGACUGGAGAAUUGGCCGAAGAACGAACCGAAGAUGUGCAGAAGGCACAAGACGUCACCGAAGAGACACGCGAACACAGUUCAGAAGUGUCAACCGCUCCCGAAAAUGGACAGGGCAAUCUCGCACCCGAUUCAGAUGCGUCAGCCUCGGUUGGUAGAUCCACAUCACAAGAACAGGCCAACCCCACCCCAUCUAGAGAAGUAGAGGAGGAUGAAGAGGAAGAGGAGGACGAGGAGAACGAGGAGGACGAAGAGGAAGACGACGACGAAGACGACGAAGACGACGGCGACGCCGAACCGGAGGCCGGAGAACCCAAGAGAGCUCCAAGUACCGCGCCGAGAAUGUCCUCGUUGAAGGACCUUAUCGUAAGCAUGGCUCAGAGAAUCGACGAAAGGUCUGUGUCAGACGAGAUGCGCAGCCCAGCAGAUGAUUCGUCCAAACUUAAAGAAUUUGAGAGGAUUCUCGGCCAGCUCAUCGCACGUUCGAAGGACGAGCGAACUCGGCUCCCUACGAAUAAUGUCGGCCAAGCCUCAGAAACUCAGACAGAGCCAGAGACACAGGACGGAGCGGAGGCAACAAUGUCGGAGACAGGGGAGGCGGGCGCGCAAGAUUCUUCAGAGUCUCAGGAGUCUUCCAGCGCGACUUCGGGCGAAUCAAACACGGAAACUAAAGAGGAAGUGGUGCCAGAUUUGCUUGGCAUGGUUGUAACCAUCAGGAAUAAGGUCAACGGCCAGUACGUAGCGCGACCUGAAGACCUCAAAGGAUCUGACCACUGGGUUGUGGAGUACAACAUCGAGGAGAUAGCGAGCCCGCGGGUACAGACAAUUUAUCAGCAAUGUCAAACCCGACGCCGGAAAUUAUUCCAGGAUACUGGCGAUAAGGAGGCAGAAUGGUACAAGAUGUUUUGCGGAAACCUCGACCUCCACACGAAUGCCGGCCGAGAGUUUAGAAGGAACGAGCUGAAGAGAGCGAAGAACAGCCCCGUUCACGUCUAUGGCCUGGACAAACCGUUAACGUGGGAGGAAGCGUUCGGAAGGAAAGCCGAGACGACCGAAGAGGAAGCCAACAGCUUAAAAGAGCUGGAGAGAUGGUUCGAGGAGUACUACAAGUUAUAAAAAGGAGGUCGGUUUCGAGGGCACCACAACGUAGUGAGGGGUGAGCCGAUAUCCGGCCAAGGGGCAAUACCCGAACCCCGGUGUACAAUACAUCCAUCUUGACAUGGUUUGUGACGCUGUAACGUUUAUUCAAGAAAAGAAGGGAGAAGGACGAUACGCAAGUUACGUGUAUACGAUGGGGGGCUGGCGGGAUUUACGUGCAGGGGAGGGCAUCGUGAUGAGGGCUACCGUGGAGGAAAAGGAAAAUGGAAGGAAAUAGAAAGGGGGGGGGAAGCGCGGCAGUGCGAGAGGUCCGGGUCCUCUGUCUUCUCUACACGUCCGCUAGCCUCACCCGGCACGGUCUUCACACCACCCCACCGCCCCCUUUACCUUGCCUCUC